GCGCGCGCUCGCGAGGCGAGCUAGAGGAGCUGUGUGAGAGCCCAGUCACAGCGCAGCGCAGGGGCACGAGAGGGGGCAGCUCUGCCGGCCGGGUGGCUCGCGGGGGUUGCAAAUAGCAGAUGAAUCCCGUGCAUUGGGGCUUUCUGGAAACACUAGAUUGGUAGUUGGCUCCCCUCCCGCCGUGGCGACCAGCCGGCCGAGUGCAUUAAUAAAUGCAGUGGGGCUUUUAAAAUUGAAAUAUUAAUUUGUUGCUCUAAAUGCAUUAGGCUUUUUUUUGGCAAGCCGUUGAUUUGUUUUGUUAAACGCGCUUUACUUUUUUUUUUUAAGUGCAAGCAGUAGCGUGGGUGUAUUAAAUGCUUUUCUUUGCGAUCAGAUUUGUUGCCUUAAAUGAAUAGUUAUUUUGUUGGGUUUUUUUUGGUAGGCAGCAGGUCUGGUGCAUUACAUUCAUUUUUAAACAGCUGAUGCUGUUUUAGAUUGAAAUACCAGGUUUGAUCCUACUUGUGGGCAUGACCCAUUAUGCACAAGGAUGGAUUUUGUUGUUGCCCUUGUGUGGGGGGAUAGUAGCAGCUUGGUUUUAAAUCUCAGGAUAUUUUUGGGGGGUUGUUGGGGACUGUAUGUAGAAAAUAGACACCAAUAACAUUGGGAUUUUUUUUUUUCAAAAUAGAGAGAUAAGGAUUUCACUUAUUUUCCCUGCUGCCUUUAGGUUCGCCCUUUUUUUUUUUUUAAGAGCUGCUCAGAUUUUGUUGAGAGGUGGGAGAUUGGGGCGAUUUUUUUUUUUAGGGUUGUGAAAUUGCAGCAGUGUCUGUGUCCUCCUGUGUGAUCGAGCCGGGAAAAUGGAGGCUGUGAUAGAGAAGGAAUGUAGUGCGCUUGGAGGGCUCUUCCAGACCAUCAUAAGCGACAUGAAGGGAAGUUACCCAGUUUGGGAAGAUUUUAUAAACAAAGCUGGGAAACUGCAGUCUCAGCUAAGGACUACAGUAGUAGCAGCUGCUGCCUUUUUGGAUGCCUUUCAGAAAGUGGCUGACAUGGCUACUAACACACGUGGUGGUACCAGAGAAAUUGGGUCUGCCCUGACGAGAAUGUGCAUGAGACACAGAAGUAUAGAGUCCAAACUCAGGCAGUUUUCAAGUGCUUUAAUUGACUGUCUGAUAAACCCACUUCAAGAACAGAUGGAAGAGUGGAAGAAAGUGGCCAAUCAACUGGAUAAAGACCAUGCAAAAGAGUACAAAAAAGCCCGCCAAGAGAUAAAAAAGAAGUCAUCAGACACGCUGAAACUGCAGAAGAAAGCAAAGAAAGCUGAGGCUCUGGGGUGUGAGUCAUGUGCUUCAUCCCAACCUAGCGGUUCUCUGUCUCCAAGCAUUGCUCCUGGGUGGUUCACGGAAUUAGAAUCCACCUCCUCGACAGGGAGAGGAGACAUCCAGCCCCAGUUGGACAGUGCAUUACAAGAUGUCAAUGAUAAGUACCUGCUGCUUGAAGAAACUGAGAAGCAGGCUGUUAGAAAGGCCCUCAUUGAAGAACGCAGUCGCUUCUGUACUUUUAUCUCGAUGCUACGGCCUGUGAUAGAAGAAGAAAUAUCAAUGCUAGGAGAAAUAACGCAUCUACAAACCAUAUCAGAUGACCUGAAAAACCUCACUAUGGAUCCUCACAAAUUGCCAUCAUCAAGUGAACAGGUGAUUCUAGAUUUGAAAGGUUCUGAUUACAGCUGGUCAUAUCAAACUCCUCCAUCCUCUCCCAGUACCACCAUGUCCAGAAAAUCCAGCGUUUGCAGCAGUCUGAACAGCGUUAACAGUAGUGAUUCCCGGUCGAGUGGCUCACACUCUCACUCACCUAGCUCACACUAUCGCUAUCGCAGCUCCAAUCUGCCUCAGCAGGCGCCAAUGAGACUGUCCAGUGUGUCAUCUCAUGAUUCUGGAUUCAUGUCCCAGGAUGCCUUCCAGUCCAAAUCGCCAUCCCCUAUGCCACCUGAAGCACCUAACCAGAAUUCGUCCAGCUCUGCCUCUUCAGAAGCUUCUGAAACCUGCCAGUCAGUGAGCGAGUGCAGUUCCCCCACCUCAGUCAGCUCAGGCUCCACCAUGGGGGCUUGGGCCUCCACAGAUAAGUUGUCUAAUGGGUUUUAUCACUGUAGUUUAUCAAGUGACCCAUACCUAGCUUCAGUUGGUGCAGGUCCUUUCCCUCAUUUCCCGCCUGUCUCCCGCACAUGGACUCGGGCUUCCUCAACCCUCCUUCCAGACCGCGGUCAUUAUUACACCAUUGGGCCAAGCAUGUUAUCAUCAUCUAAGAUCCCUAGCUGGAAGGAUUGGGCUAAACCAGGUCCGUAUGAUCAGCCUAUGGUGAACACCUUGCAACGCCGCAAAGAGAAACGUGAACCAGACCCUAAUGGAGGAGCCCCAAGUGGACCAUCUGUGCCCACUGAGGAGGCCCAGAGACCUCGGCGUAUGACUGUGUCAGCUACCACAAGGCAGGGAGAGGAGAUAGAAGCAUGCGAGGAGCUAGCUCUCGCUCUGACAAGAGGUCUGCAGCUGGACACCCAGAGAAGCAGCAGAGAUUCCUUGCAGUGCUCCAGUGGCUACAGCACUCAGACGACCACACCGUGCUGCUCGGAGGACACUAUCCCGUCACAAGUUUCAGAUUAUGAUUAUUUCUCUGUGAGUGCUGAUCAGGAGACAGAACAACAAGAAUUUGACAAAUCCUCAACCAUUCCAAGAAACAGUGACAUCAGCCAGUCCUACCGCAGAAUGUUUCAGGCCAAGCGUCCUGCUUCUACGGCAGGCCUGCCAACGACGCUUGGACCUGUAAUAGUUACACCCGGUGUUGCAACCAUCAGACGGACCCCUUCCACCAAACCUUCGGUCAGACGAGGUACCAUAGGGGGGGGUCCUAUUCCAAUCAAAACUCCAGUAAUUCCUGUCAAAACGCCAACUGUACCAGAUGUACUAGGGGGACUGCCAGGCAUCCUGGGUGGGGCAGAAGAAUGUGCUGAGCAGAGUCCUGAGUCUGAAUCAGCAGGCGACGGUGGGCAAGGAGUCAACAGUAUGCUUUCUUCCUUGUGGAGCGGGCAAGCAUCUGUCAACCCUCCACCACCAAGCCAGAAGCUGAAUACCCCAGAUGAGCAGAGACAAGCAGUCCCUGAAAGUGAGGGAGAAGAAAGCGAAAGGGAUAGCUCAAGCACCCUUGCCCCCCCAUGCCAGCCAAAAUGUGACCCAGGAGACCUGAGCCCUGGAGAUGCCCCACAAGGCGAAGACAUGCUGAACGCCAUUCGCCGUGGUGUCAAACUGAAGAAAACUACCACAAAUGAUCGCUCGGCACCUCGUAUUUUGUAGACAGGAGAGUGCUGCCAGAGUUCUAGUCACUGAGAAUGAACUGUGAUGAAACCUUAUUUGUCUCUAUCCAUUCCAAUCUAUAAUCAAAAGCUUUUGUAGGAAACUCAGUAAUAGACCGUUUUGAAGGUACUAUAAAGGGGAAAACAAGAUGAAAGCGCAUAGUAACAGACAUUUUCACUAGUGUUUUAAUUUGUAAAUAUCAAUGAUUUUGUUUCUGCACGUUUUUGAUCUAAGACCCCCUUUUAAUUUUUUCUGAAGGUGCCAAAUCCCGUUUAACUUUUGUAUAACUCUUUGUAAAGUUUUAAAUACGCAAGAGGGAAAAAAAAAUUAAGUAGUUAACUUUGGCAAGGAGAUUUACUGCAUUUGGCUUUUUUGCAGGUUUUUGUAGAGCACCUUGUAAUAGUGAGGUUUAAAAGAAAUGAUACUUCUGUGUAUAAAUGAACCAGUAAGGAAUAGAUACUCAUUUAAGUAUAAUGAUUUUGUUUGUCUGUUUGAAAAGCAGGAAUAACAAUUGAUAAUAAAAGCAAUAUAAUGCAAGAAAGAAACCUGCAAUUGGUAGAGUAUUGGGGGAUAAUUGGGGGAGGGAAAUGCCAUCAAAAUAGAUGCUGUUGCACAAGAGUAGCCUAGUAGGAUUAAGUGCUAGUAGCUUCACAGUAAGUGCAUCCGAAUAAGCCAUAUUGGAUUGCGGUGUUUGUUUCUGUAGCGUGUUUAAGACUUUAGUUUUCUCCCCCCACUUUCUUCUAGACUGCACAGCAACAACUUUCAGUCAUAUGCAUGCCACCUGAACUGUGUAGGCUUAGCUGUCCUCCAUUACUUUCCAUUUUGCUCAUCCUUUCAUCGAAUACAAACAAGUUCAAGAGGCUUAAGGCAGUUACAAAUGUGAAAACGUUUUAAAAAUGAUAGCAGGGAGUUCUUAGAUAUAUCAAAAUGCCUUUUAGUGACUGAGCCCAGCAGGCUGGGCACCCCGAAAAGCCCAAAUAUUUUGAGAAAAUACUUAAUGAUUUGACCACAGUCACCAGCUCAAGAUCUAGUAAAUUGCAAAUAUAUUUCAUUUCCAAUUCAGGGGCUUGUUUUUCUUACCGUCUUUUAAAUGGCAGUUGAUUGGCUUUUACUAAAUACGGAAAAAUAGGGGGGUGGGCGAAAGAUUUGUAUUUAAUGUCACUUCUCUGAGACUGACCACUCUGUUCCCUUUUUUGUAUUCUAGGUAAUGUAUUUUUGGAAUGUUGUUGAUAGAAUUAUAGAUCAGAUGGAUUUUUUUCUUAAAGUAAAAUUAAGUUAUGACUGCAGUACCCAUCUCCUGAAGCCAAUAGAAAUGUGCACAACUUGGAGUGCCGCAAGUGUUCUGUUCAAACAGUCUAAAAGAGUACAACCUGCCUAUCUUCAUCAACCCCAAAAGUGAGAUAGGUACCAGGCUUGUACAUUUGUGACUGUUAAAAUACACCAAAAAAAAAAAAAAAAAGUAAGGGGCUAGUUUCCACCAAACACUGCAGAUUUCUGUUGGCUUUUGUCUUGCCUACAUAACCUCUUAUGCUUUAAUACAUAACUGCAUUGGAUGUGAGACUUCUUGUAACUGAAUAGUCACUCUGUUCUAUAUAAUAUUUACACUGCUGUGGUUGCUUAACAUUUUUAUAUUAUGGCUUUAAAGCAAAAAGGCAUGAUUCUUAAAAUAUAUGAAACCUUCCUUUCUUUGAAAAACAAGCUCCUUAUUACCGAAUAUAAUAAACAGUAGUGCCUGUGGUGGAGCCCACCGAUCUUGACAAAGUAGCUGAUGCAUUGUGCAAAUGAUGCUUUGAGAUGGUUUUUGCUUAAAAAAAACUGUUAGGAAAUAAUCUCAAUAGUUAAAAGUGUUAUUUAAACCUUUGAAAUAAAUGGAUGUAACUGUACCGAAGUACAGCUUUUCACUUGUUUAGUUCUUAAACGUAAGUAUAAUCUCGGUAAAUGUAAUAUAAAAUGUUGCCAAAUUCAAUGUAGAAAGAAUGUGACAAAACACUUUGGAUAGUUCUAUUGUUUGUGUUUUUGCAUAUUGUAAAAGCAGUGUCACAGCUAAAAAAUAAAAAGUUUCUAAUGGUAAAUUAUUGUGGUUUAGUUGCUAGUUUGUACUGAGAGUUGACCUCUCCUUGUGCAGUUUUUUGUUCUAAACUGGUAUAAAUAAUUGCUGUAACUGUGGGUCUCCCUUCUACAUUGUAAUGAUUGCUUCAGCCUACAUUAUAAAUAAAGAACUGAUGGAAAA